AGCAACUUCCGUUUGUCGAGCUAGCCAUUCGGCUCGCGGCGGAGGACUUUGAUACAUGUUGUCACCGACUACACAGAGAGGUGCAUUAAGUUACCCAAAUGUACGGUUGUUGAGAGAAGCGGAAAAAUAAACUAAUUUCUGCGAGAAUGACAGACUUGGGGAUUUCAUUGGCACUAUUGGCCACAACAGUACUUCUCUGCGAGGCGACGCGCAUACUGAUCUCGCGCCUCUUCUCUGGCAAGGAUUAUGCGAUUUACCUCGUGGAAAUUGUCUCGACCUACCAGCUCUGUGCAUGUACGCACGAACUCAAAGUUCUGGGCGAAGUUGGCAGAAUCGAACCGCAUAUAGCACUCACACUGACUUUCAUAAUCACGGUGGUCCACGUAAUAACUUUUCACGGGGCGUUCGCCAACCCAAAUGGUGCUAUCGAGAACGUUUACCGCAAGAAUAUCACAGGGAAAACUGCGGUGGCGCGCAUAAUUUGUAUGUUUAUAGGUGGGAAAGCAGCGCAGCUCCUUGUGCCCCACAUUUGGUCCUUGGGUCUAUCCGACCACCACCUCACGCACAAAAGGUUCGGAUUUAAAUGCUUCAGUCCCAUCAAUGGGUCCCUGUUGGAGGCCGCUGGUGUGGAGCUGGCUUGCACUUUCGCUGUCCAAGCCGCAGUCCUCCACAUUCACAAACUAGACGAGAGAUUCCACGCCCCUGUCAUCGCUGCUGUCAUUACGUCACUGGUUUACUCAGGGGGUCAUAUUUCAGGGGCUGUUUUCAACCCAAUCAUGGCCUUCUCCGUCCAGUUCCCCUGCAGUGGACACACCUUCCUGGAAUAUGCUUUUGUCUACUGGCUAGGACCAGUCACAGGCAUGGCAAUGUGCAUCCUGCUCUUUGACAAAAUCAUCCCACUCCUAUCUGGGAAAAGCACAAUGGGCAUCCCUGUUGUCCGGAAGAAGAUACAGUAACACAUGAGAUUAUGGUUUUAGCCCUCUGAGUAGGCUCCUUUAUAUAUGAUGGUGCCAGGGCGGCCAUUAGUAUUUGAUUAUUAGGGUCACCUUAACAUGACUAGGUCUAAGGGUGUUCACACAUACUAAGUCUUAACUUUGUGGUCACUGAUCACAGCACAAUUUAUGCUGCCCUAAAAAAGGGCCAUAAUAUCAGCUGUUGACCAGUAAAACAUUUUUACUUAAAUUGAAGAUUUGAUGAAAAAUGUGCUGAGAAAAGGCUCCCUGGACUUUGUCAUUAUGCAAUAUUUUAGUUAUUAGUGCAGGGUUACCUCUAAUGGCAUAACAUGUUCCUGUAUGAACCUAUCCAAAACUGUCAUGACCUCAUGAAUUAAAAUUAACCUUAUACUCUGGAUGACUACAGCAAUGGCAUACAGUGCAUUCAGAAAGUAUUCAGACCCCUUGACUUUUUCCAUUGUUACGCUAGCCUUUUUCUAAAAUGUAUUAAAAUUGUUUUUCCACCCCUCAA